UCCACGAGCGGCCCCGGAACGUGUGUCCGCGCAUGCGCAGUGCGCCGCUCAGUGUGCUUGUGGAAGGAGGAACUGAGCAGUUGGAGUAAAAUAAACAUCCACCUCUGUGCAACACCAGCGGCCAGGAGCAGCGAGAGAAAGAGAAACACCUCGGAUCAUGUCUUCACACGAUGCCUGGGAGACUAAACUCGAAAUCAGAGCAUGUAGUUUUGACUCCAGUCCAGCAGGGGGCGACAAACACAGAGACUGCAGCUCCCCUAAUGACUCCACUGGUAAAAGUGAGACGUGUGCAGAGAUCUUUGGCACCGAUCCUUUGAGAACUCUGGGAGAAAUCCUCACCUACUGUCAGGUCAUGUACGAGGCCAUUCAGAAGCUGGAUGAGAAGUUUGAGCUGCUGCAGGCGAGAGUGACGCACACUCAGGAGGAUCAGAUACACGUUGAGGAGGAUCAGUCAGAGAUUUACACACUGGACGACCAGAUAAACGACGAAUCGGCUGAAACCUACCAUGUCCUCCAUCACCUAGUUCCUCCCUCAGUUCCUCCAUCUCCUGAAGGUUCAAGAACCCUCAGACUUGUUGUUACCUCAGAAAAACCCACAGACCCAUCACCGUCUCCUCAGAAUCAGCCCCAACAGUCGGGUUCGACCUCCAGACCACGUGGAGCUGUGAGAAAAAUGCUCUUAGAGCAGCGGAAGGUUCCAGAAGAUCAUCCCAACACCAACACCGGACACUCGGCAUCUCCACAAACCGUGAAGGAAGUCUUCCAUCAUCGCCGGAAAAGUCCCGAUCCUCAAACACACAACGCAACCGUAGAGUGGGCGCAGAUGACGUACCCGGAACAUGACCUGCGUGAGAAAGGUAAAGACUGGAAGGCCUGUCUGGCUGUUAAGAACAAAAGAGCCAGACACAUUCGACUGAAGGACAGGAAGCGUAAGUUUAAGGCCGUGAGAGAUGCGAGUGAACAAGCGGCAUCAGUCCAAGAAUUCAAUCCCGAGCCCACUGCUGAGAUCGACGUGGAGCUCUCGGACGGUGACGGUGAGGACCUACAGCAGACGACUACACUUAAAAACAAACUCAAAAGAGAGUCUGCGGAAGAGCCGCUGUCAGAAAACGAUUGUUCCUAUGAAUCGGGUGCUCAAGUGUAUCUGGGCCAUCCGGAUCGGGAUGUGAAGGUGCCUCAGUUUGUGAUGUACUCGGCGUUACAGAGGCCGAAUCCUCCGCUUGUCGCUCGCUACCUCAUCAGGUUCAUCUUCCCCGUGGAAGUGCUGGUGCAGAGCAACGUGUACGGCAAUGCCAAGUACGGAAUCCAGCCACUGGACCACAACAAGAUCUCAGCAUUGAGGGAGUAUCUGUGUGAGCGUUUCCCCACCAUGAAGCUGGAUGAAGCUGGACCCAACUGGAAGACUUGCGUCUACGCCAUCAAUGCCGCCAUCCGGAUGACCAGACACGCUCUGAAGAAAGGUCCCAAACAGGCACGAGAAGCGAUGAUAUCAUGACCCCGAGCAACAAACAACCGGCAAAUCAUUUUGUGAAUUGUAGAGAGGUUUUUUUUUCUGUGCUUUUUUUUGUUGUUGCAUAAAUACAUGCAUAACUGAAUAAAGUCAGACAGUCUUCGACCCGAAACGA